AUGCCUGGACGCGUGGCUGAUCAACCCAAGAAGAGGGUCUUGACGGAUGCCACCAACACCCACAACGUCCUCAAAUCCCCGCCGUCGGCGAAGAAGAGGAAACUGAACGGCAACGGACCUCAUGUUUCCUUCCAUUCAUCGCAGCCCGGCCCAAAUGGGUUCAAAUCGAAGCUGGGCUCGUCCCAGCCUAAGAGCCAGUUUGAAACUGAAGUCCUCGAGAAGAUGACCCAGGAUAUUGCAGGCUUGAAGGAGAGCAACUCGGAAAAAGACCAACAGUGGGAAAGACCAACUCUUAAGGACUUCAACCCUGACACGGAUCCAUUGAGAUUUCAACAGAUUGAGAUUGAGGAAGGCACACUACAUGGGGGGAAGAUCGCCCUUAAGAUGUUUGGUGUAUCAGAGACUGGCCACUCCAUCCUCCUCCAUGUCACUGACUUCCUCCAUUACCUCUAUGUGGCAGCUCCUGUCAACUUCCAACGCUCAGACGUGGAAGGCUACAAAGCAUUCCUUGAAACUCAAUUAGCCCAACACCAACCCACCAUUCAUUCUGUUCAGAUGGUGCUUCGGGAAAACUUGUUUGGGUUUCAAGGCAAUCAAAAGAGUCCCUAUCUCAAGAUUACAGUGACAGACCCAAAGUUUAUCAACAGGUUGCGGUCUUCGAUAGAAGAUGGGCAUGCCAAUUACAAAGGGAUGUGGAAGGGCGUCGAAAGUAAGAUAUUAACCUUCGAUAACAUUCAAUAUGUUCUUCGCUUCAUGAUCGAUACCGGCAUCACCGGUAUGUCGUGGGUUGAGGUCCCGCCACAGAAGUAUCACGUCCUCCCUCAGCAUGACCGCCAAUCCAACUGUCAGAUCGAGGCAUACUGUCACUAUCGGGAUCUCAUCGCCCACGGACACGAUGGGGAGUGGGCAAAAAUGGCACCACUCCGAAUCUUAUCCUUCGACAUUGAAUGUGCUGGUCGUAAAGGCGUCUUCCCCGAAGCCAAUCAGGAUCCAGUUAUCCAAAUCGCGAACGUGGUCACAAGAUAUGGCGACUCGAAACCUUUCAUCCGGAAUGUCUUUGUACUGGACACGUGCAGCCUGAUUGUGAAUACGAAGAUAUUUGAACAUAAGUCAGAGUCCGAUAUGUUGAUGGCAUGGAGACACUUCCUGGAAGAGGUCGACCCGGACGUCAUCAUCGGCUACAACAUUGCAAACUUUGACUUCCCCUACCUUCUCGACAGAGCAAAACAUCUUAAACUGACGAAAUUUCCCUACUGGUCCCGACUGAAGAGUGUGGCAUCCCAAGCCAAAGACACCAACUUCUCCAGCAAACAAAUGGGUAAUCGUGACACGAAAGCCACAAAUACCAAUGGACGAAUUCAGCUGGAUUUGCUGCAGCUAGUUCAACGAGACUAUCAACUUCGCAGCUACACUUUGAACUCUGUCUGUGCUCAUUUCUUGGGUGAGCAGAAAGAGGAUGUCCAUCACACCAUGAUUACAGAACUAUUCAAUGGAACUCCAGAUUCGCGAAGACGAUUGGCCGUCUACUGUCUCAAGGAUGCCUACCUUCCCCAACGGCUUAUGGACAAACUCAUGUGCCUCGUCAACUACACAGAAAUGGCUAGAGUCACGGGUGUUCCCUUCAACUACCUCUUAGCCCGAGGGCAACAGGUUAAAUUCAUCAGCCAGCUUUUCCGGAAAGCUCUAGAGCAGCAACUGGUCAUCCCGAAUCUGCGGAAUGAAAGCACCGACGAACAGUACGAAGGGGCUACAGUCAUUGAACCCAUUCGAGGUUAUUAUGAUGUGCCCGUUGCCACUUUGGAUUUUGCUUCUUUGUACCCUUCCAUCAUCCAGGCCCACAAUUUGUGUUACACCACGUUGUUAAAUAAGAACAUCGUCGAGAAACUCAACCUGAAAAAGGACGAAGACUAUAUUCUCACCCCGAAUGGGGAUCUCUUCUGCACUGCCAAAGUUCGGAAAGGACUCCUCACUCAAAUUCUGGAAGAACUGUUGAGUGCACGAAAGCGAGCCAAAAAGGAACUUGCUAUAGAGCAAGACCCGUUCAAGAAGGCUGUGCUCAACGGUCGUCAACUCGCUCUUAAAGUGUCUGCAAACUCUGUCUACGGUAUUACAGGUGCCACUGUUGGAAAGUUGCCCUGUUUGGCUAUUGCCUCCAGCACAACAGCAUAUGGUCGUCAAAUGAUCGAAAAGACGAAGCAUGAGGUGGAACAAAAGUACACAAUGGCAAACGGCUACUCGCAUGACGCGCAGGUCAUUUACGGUGAUACUGAUUCAGUCAUGGUCAAGUUUGGCGAGAAAGAUCUUUCAAAGACCAUGGAACUUGGACAGGAAGCCGCCAACUUUGUCUCUUCCAAGUUCGUCAAGCCUAUCAAACUGGAGUUCGAAAAGGUUUAUUUCCCCUAUUUGUUGAUCAAUAAGAAGCGAUACGCGGGACUAUAUUGGACGAAUCCUGAGAAGCAUGACAAGAUGGACAGCAAAGGCAUUGAAACUGUCCGUCGUGACAAUUGUCGUCUUGUCCAAGUCGUCAUUGAGACAGUUCUGAAGAAGAUCUUGAUCGACCGUGACCUAGAAGGCGCACAGGACUAUGUCAAGGAGACCAUUGCCAACCUUUUGCAAAAUAAGAUCGACUUAAGCAUGCUGGUGAUUACAAAGGCGCUCAGCAAAAGUGAUUACACCGCCAAACAAGCGCAUGUGGAACUGGCCGAGCGGAUGAAGAAGCGUGACGCAGGCUCAGCCCCAGCACUGGGCGACCGUGUUGCCUAUGUCAUGGUGAAAGGUGCCAGCGGAUCUAAGAAUUACGAGAACUCUGAAGACCCGAUAUAUGUGCUCGAAAACAAUGUCCCCAUCGACACAAAAUAUUAUCUGGACAAUCAACUCGCCAACCCACUGCAUAGAAUCUUCGAACCUAUCCUCGGCGAACGACGAGCUAAUUCCCUGCUUGCGGGCGACCAUACACGGUCCAUCUCGGUUGCUGCCCCAACGCUCGGCGGGCUGAUGAAAUUCGCCAAAAAGACGCAGACAUGCAUGGGCUGCAAAAAGCCUCUCGUCAACGCCCAAGAAUCCAAGGGCGCGGUGUGUGAAAACUGUCGUCCCCGCAUAGGCGAAUUGUACACGAAACAUAUCAAGAAAGUCGGUGAAUUGGAGGUAAGGUUUGCCAGAUUGUGGACGCAGUGUCAACGGUGUCAAGGCAGCAUGCACUCCGAGGUGCUAUGCUCGAGCAGGGAUUGCCCAAUCUUCUAUAUGAGAAUGAAAGCGAGAAAGGAGGUGGAGGAACAAGGAAAAGAGCUAGCAAGAUUCGACGCCGAUGUUGGCGCGAUUUGGUAG